GACCCAUUAAUAAAAUGAAGUCGACAAAAAAAAAACUAAAUUGUUAACGAGUUUUCUUCGUUGUUCUCCUCCUCCGCCUCCUUCCCUGCGACGGUAACUUCGUCUUUAACCAGAUUCCUUCCUUCUUCGCCGGCUUAUACUCAUCAUUGUUGUUUGUGGAAGUUGCUUCCAAGAAACUUAGGAUGAUGGAUAGUGAGGGAGACCACGUUGGGAAGGAACCUCUCCUUCUGAUAAAACAAGGAGCUGAAGCUAGGGUGUUCGAGUCUACGUUUGUGGGAAGAAGAUCCAUCGUUAAAGAGCGGUUCUCGAAGAAGUAUAGACACCCGAUUCUUGAUGUGAAACUCACACUCAAACGAUUGAAUGCUGAGGCAAGGUGUAUGACGAAAGCAAGAAAGCUCGGGGUUUGUACUCCAGUCCUCUAUGCGGUGGAUCCUCUGCUUCAUUCCUUGACCCUCGAGUACAUCGAGGGCGUCUCUGUCAAAGACGUUUUCCUAGAGUUUGGUGCUAACGGGAUAGUCGAGGAACGGUUGGAUGAUAUCGCUGCUCAGAUUGGUGAGGCCAUCGCUAAGCUCCAUGACGGUGGCUUGUCUCACGGUGACUUGACCACUUCAAACAUGUUAGUCCGAAGCGGUACAAAUCAGCUGGUACUAAUUGAUUUCGGGUUGAGUUUCACGUCGACCUUGCCGGAAGACAAAGCUGUUGAUCUAUAUGUACUUGAAAGAGCCUUGCUCUCAAUGCAUUCUUCAUGCGGAAAUGUGAUGGAUCGUAUACUGACAGCAUAUCGGAAGUCCUCAAAGCAAUGGUCAGCUACGUUCAACAAGCUCGCUCAAGUGAGGCAACGAGGAAGAAAGCGUACUAUGAUUGGAUGAGCCAAAGAUCUCCAGUAACUUGUGGCUAUAAAAGCUACUCCAAAACUUGCUACUUGGUCCAAUAGAGGUAGGAAGAUUAUACCUUUGAAUGUUUAGCACAUGUGCACUUGCCUCUGUUUUAGUAUUUUGAUUACAAUCCAAACAGACUAUCAAUGUUGUUUCUGUGAGAGAGCACACUGUUUAAACUUUAACUCAUUAUUAUAUGAUGUAGCUAGUUUUCUUUA